UUUUUUCACAACUGCCUCGCUUUCUUCACAAUGCUCGGGUUUAUCCCAGGCAUGAGACAGCUGACCCUUCGCGGCGUGUUUGUCAAAGGACUGCCGUUACCUCAUGACGUGUUAUCCCCGUGCACACAGCGAACGUACCUCGAUACAUUGCGUAUCGUGAACAUACAGUACUCCGAAGACGCGUUGAGGAAUAUCCUGAUAUCCUUCCUUCAUCCGUCGUCGCCGAUAUCUUUAGCAGAGCUAAAGGACUUCCAAAUCACCCCUUUCGUAACAAGCGACAUCGAAACCGUGAGGGCCGUCCUGUCCGCGAGCGUUGACUCGCUCACCCACCUGUCCUUGGAUGCUUUUGCACAGUCGCAUGUUGUUGACGAAUUCACCGCUAUCUGCGAGCCGCUCCACUGCCAUCAUAUUCCUUCCAUCUCGCUGGAGUUCUGCGAUAAGGUUUCGAUUCAGAAGCAGCUGAAGUGGUGGACGGAAGGCUUCAACAUGCAUGCUAAGACUUAUUCAAUUCGGGUCAUCAGUAUGACCAUUCGCCUUGACGAAGUUGCGUCAAUCGAGUCACCUGCGUUUACCGACGUAACUGUUUGGGAAGCUCUAGAUGCUGUUCUGACGCGUCGCGAGAUGGGUGGUCUACAGGGUGUAGAGAUCAUAUUCGACAUUGGUCCUGCGAGUAAUAGGAAAGCCCUCGCACGCGACCUGGACUGUUUCUUCCGUACGGCAUGCAAAGGUCUCCACCGCAAAAACCUUCUUCGGUUUAGAAUACGAGACAUAUUCCAACGACUCAUUGCAAAAAGCACGUAAGUGUGGUCCUUCUAAACUUCUCGUUGGAUAUUGUAUACUUGAAAGGGGGACCUUACGCUUUCGACGGUCCUGCUCAUUCCGGAAAUCGUUACGCUGCCACGACAUCUCACACUGUCUGUCACUUAAUUACUUCAGUACACUGUUCAAUCUGUACAACACACUUCAUUUUCGAAGCUACAGUCGAAAGCAAAGAAAAAUAAUGGCUUCACAGGGUCAAUGUGAGGAUGCUAAGACUAAACGCCGGCGUAGAAUAGGUGAAAUUUUGACCGGUUGCGAUGGUGCUGUUCACC